AUGUCUCCCAAAAUUAGAGUUGCUUUUGCAGGUGCCUCCGGGGUAACCGGCUCCUCUGUCAUGAACGCCCUACUUGCUACCCCUGAGAUAUUUGAAGUGACGGCUCUUGUGCGGCCCCUGUCUUUGGGAAAAGUACGAGUCAAGGAAGAAUACUCAACUGCGCAAAUCAUUGGCGACGGUACGAACCCUUGGGCGCUUGUCGAUAAUCGCGAUAUAGGAAAGUACGUCGCAAGAAUCAUCGUCGACCCUAAAACUCUGAACAAGCAUGUUUUCUGCUACAGCGAGAUAUGGGCUCAAAAUGAUGUGUACGAGUCCUGGGGAGCGGUUACUGGCGAGUCCAUCGCUAGAAAUCCUAUCACCAAAGAAGAGAUACUGCACAUAAUCUCAGAGGGUGAGGCCGAGAUGGCACACGGGGAUCUCGAAUCUGCGGCCGUGUUGAAGUUGGGGAUGGCGCAGUACAAAUAUCUGCUCGGCAUCCGAGGGGAUAAUACACCCGAACACGCAAAAUACCUAGGUUACCUGGACGCGAAAGAACUUUACCCCGAUAUUGUGGCUUCGUCUUUCGAGAACUACAUGAAUGAUUUAUUCACAGGAACUAUCAAAGCCCCUUACACCUAG